UCACCGACGACUCAUCUCGCCGCGCCCUUGAACUGAGAUACGAAUUUUUAGUGUUUUUGGGGAAUUCUGCGCGCGAGUUACGGUUGGGAAUGAACGGCGACGGCGAGGAGUUGACGGCGCAGGAGACUGCUCUGUAUGACCGUCAGAUUAGGGUUUGGGGAGCAGAUGCUCAAAGAAGAUUAAGCAAAGCUCAUGUCUUAGUCUGUGGAAUGAAAGGAACUGUAGCUGAGUUUUGCAAGAAUAUCGUUCUGGCUGGAGUAGGUAGUCUAACCUUAAUAGAUGAUCGGGAGGCCACUGAGGAAGCAUUGUCCUCAAACUUUCUUAUUCCUCCUGAUGAGAAUUUGUAUGGUGGAAAGACCCUUGCGCAGCUUUGUUGUAAUUCACUUAAAGACUUCAAUCCUAUGGUUCAUGUUUCUGUGGAAAAAGGUGAUUUGUCAAGUUUUGAUGUAGAAUUCUUCAACAAAUUUGAUGUUGUUGUCGUCAGUUGUUGCUCACUUUCAGCCAAAAAACUUAUUAAUGAAAAAUGCCGGAAGCUAUCAAAACGUGUUGCCUUCUAUACUGUUGACUGUAGGGAUUCUUGCGGUGAAAUUUUUGUUGAUCUGCAGGACUAUAAAUAUUCGAAGAAAAAACUGGAGGAAACUAUUGAAUGCCAGCUACAAUAUCCAGCUUUUGAGGAUGCAUUAUCAGUACCUUGGAAGGCACUUCACAGGAGAACGUCAAAGCUGUACUUUGCUAUGAGAGUAAUCGAAAAGUUUGAAGAGGCUGAAGGACGUAAUGCAGGAGAAGUUUCAAUUGCAGAUCUUUCUGAGGUUCUCAAGCUGAAAAAGGAGCUCUGUACUGCACAAUCUCUCAAUCAAUCUCAUGUACCUGAUUCUCUUCUAGAAAGAUUGGUGACAAGCACAACAGAAUUUCCGCCAGUUUGUGCUAUUAUCGGGGGAAUCCUUGGACAGGAGGUUAUCAAAGCAAUAUCUGGAAAAGGAGACCCCCUCAAAAACUUUUUCUUUUUUGAUGCUUUUGAUGGGAAGGGCAUUAUAGAAGACAUUUCGGGUUAAAUGCUGGAAAGUAAAUGACAUCUCUGGGAAUGUGUUUUAUGUUUGUGACACCGGCAAUCUGAAGGGGGGAGGGAUUCUUCACAAAAAGAGCAUAGAAAACUAGUAAAUUUCAAUAGAUCUGUAAGGAAACUGUAAGUAGACAAUGCUCUGCCGAUUAUUAACUCCUCGUUUAUAGUUUCUUAGAUGCUACUUUAUCUAGGCUAAUGUCUAUUUAGGAUUAGAAUUAUCUCGUUAAUGUGGAAACUCAAAUGUAUGUAUGCUUUGGACUAUAGAUUAUCUUCCAUCAUCAAGCCUGUGUCUUUGAAGUUAUGAAGCGUAAUGAUGGUUCCGAAACAGGCUCGUCAUGCUUGUGCAGUAUUCUAUUGGGAAAAUAUGGUUCUUUGUCUUCUACAGAUACAUUUUGUUAUAAUUAAAUUGAUGACAUUAAUAGUAGGACUUGGCAC